AUGAUCUGUAAGACGCAGAAGCUCAACAAUGGAAAGGAGAUCCCUACUGUUGGCCUCGGGACAUGGGGGAUGGAAGAUGAGGCUGUCCUUGAAGGCGCAAUAAGGAAUGCACUUAGCUUAGGAUACAGACACAUUGACACUGCAUUCAUAUACGGAAAUGAGAAGAUGAUAGGAAACAUCCUGAAGAAGCUGUUUGAUGAAGGUGUGGUACAGAGGAAGGAUUUAUUCAUAACAUCAAAGCUUUGGAACACCUUUCAUGGCUGCCCGGAGGAUGGCCUGAGGCGGUCACUGAACGAUCUCCAGAUGGACUAUGUGGACCUGUAUCUUAUCCACUGGCCAGUGACGUUUGACCCUGCACCUGACGGCACCGUGGAAUCCUGCGGCAAGAAGUACAACGUCGGGAAGUUUGACGCCGUUGGAGUAUGGAAGAAGAUGGAGGCGCUUGUCGAUCUUGGACUUGCAAAGUCGAUCGGAAUAUCCAACUUCGGCAAGGCUAACACAGAGAAAAUACUCGGGACUUGCCGAAUUUGCCCGGCUGCCAUCCAAAUCGAGCUCCACCCAUAUCUGAAUCAAAAGGAACUUGUGGAGUUCAUGAAAUCCAAGGGGAUCCAGGUUAUAAGCUACUCGUCCCUCGGAUCGGCACCUGGUUCGUCCGCAAAGGUCAGAGAUGACAAGACCAUCAAAGCCAUAGCCAAAAAGUAUGGAUGCGCCCCGUCCCAGAUAAUACUCAGCUACAUUACUGCGCAGGGCAUCUGUGUGAUUCCGAAAAGCAGAUCCAAGGAGCAUCUGAGAGAAAACAUCGACCUGAAGGAGUUGAGUAGGGAAGACAUUUCGGCUAUCGAUGCCCUCAACACCGGGCACAGAUACGUUGAUCCCCCAGGAUUUGGGCCGGAGAAAUUCAAAUAA